CCCCCCCCAUGCGGGGAUUCCCCGCUCGCUUCCGCUCCCGCGGCGGCUCCGCCGGGACCCGAAAUUCUUUUUAUUUUUGGGGGGGGGGGGGAGGGGGGGGUUCCCCCAAAAUCUCCGGGACCCCCCAAUGGCCGAGGAGCUGCCGGUGGAUCUGCGCACGCGCCGCACCCCGAACGCCCCCCGAGCCCCCCAAAAACGCCGCCCCUCCCCCACCCCCGAGGCUUCGCUGCCGCUCCGGAAGCGCCGCUCGGUUUUGGGGGGCGGGGGGGGGCGAGGAGACCCCCGCAUUUUGGGGGAACCCCUCCCGAACCCCCACAUUCGGCCGCCCCCCAAAAUCGGCGUCGGGACAGGUGAGACCCCCUCAGGUUCGAGGGCGGAGCCUCCGCUGCCGUUUUUUGGGGCCGGGGGAAUUUUGGGGGUUCCCCCCGCCCUUUUGGCCUCCCCAAAUUUUGGGGUCCCCCCCGAGCCCCCCUUGGCCGCCGCCAUCGCCGCCGCCACCCGGCAGGACGAGGACGGGGACACGCCCCUGCACAUCGCGGUGGCCCAGGGCGCGCUGGCCGUGGCCCGCAGGUUGGUGGCGCUGUUCCUGCGGGGGGGGCGCGACCUGGACGUCUACAACCACCUGAGACAGACGCCCCUUCACCUGGCGGUGAUCACGGGCCAGGUGUCGCUGCUCCGCCUGCUGCUGGCGCACGGCGCGUCCCCGAUGUGCCCUCACCUGUACCCCCUGCACGUGGCGGUGAUCACGGGUCAGACGCCCCUUCACCUGGCGGUGAUCACGGGCCAGGUGUCGCUGCUCCGCCUGCUGCUGGCGCACGGCGCGUCCCCGAUACCCCUGCACCUGGCGGUGAUCACGGGCCAGGUGUCGCUGCUCCGCCUGCUGCUGGCGCACGGCGCGUCCCCGAUGUGCCCGGACCGCCUGGGCCGCACCUGCGCGCACCUGGCCUGCGGCUCGCACCUGCCGGGGGGCGGGGCCACGGCCGGGCCACGCCCCCGCGUCCUGCGCGAGCUCCUGCGCAGCCCCGGGGGGAGCCGGCUGGACCUGCAGGCGCGCGACUACGAGGGUCUGACCCCCCUGCACGUGGCCGUGGCCUCGGGGUCCCGCGAGAGCGUCCUGCUGCUGCUGGAGCACGGCGCCGACGUCGACGCCGGGGACAUCAAGAGCGGGCGCUCGCCGCUGCUGCACGCCGUGGAGAACGACAGCCUGGAGAUGGCCGAGCUGCUGCUGCAGCACGGCACCAGCGUGAACGCGCAGUCGUACGCCGGCUGUACCGCGCUGCACAGCCGUCGCGGGGGGGGGCUGCUGCGGCUGCUGCGGCUGCUGCUGCGCUGCGGCGCCGACUGCGGCCUCCGCAACCUGCACAACGACACCGCCGCCGCCGUGGCCGUCAGCGCCCAGGUGAUCGACAUCCUGCGGGGAAAAGCCUCGAGACCCCCCCAGGACCCCCCAAAAUCCCCCCGGGACCCCCCCCACG